AUGGAAUCAAUUCCGAGUCAGCUGCCAGCCCUACGUGACUCCAGCUGCUCGCCGACCUCCAAGCAAGAGCUGCAAUCCUACUCCGGCCCGGCGCUGAAACCCAACCAAGUCAGCGAGACCUCCCUGUAUGGAAUACCCAUAGUCUCCCUUGUCAUAGAUGGCCAGGAAAGACUCUGUCUCGCACAAAUCUCCAACACCCUGCUGAAGCACUACAGUUACAACGAGAUACACAAUCGCCGCGUGGCCCUUGGCAUCACAUGCGUGCAGUGCACUCCGGUACAGCUCGAGAUUCUGCGGCGCGCGGGCGCUAUGCCCAUCUCCUCGCGCCGCUGUGGGAUGAUCACCAAACGCGAGGCCGAGAGGCUGUGCAAAUCCUUUCUCGGCGCGCACUCACCACCCAAACUACCUGAAAACUUCGCAUUUGACGUGUCUCACGAGUGCGCAUGGGGCUGUCGAGGUAAUUUCAUACCGGCUAGGUACAACAGCUCAAGAGCAAAGUGCAUAAAAUGUUCGUUCUGCAACAUGUAUUUCUCUCCAAACAAAUUCAUAUUUCAUUCGCAUCGCACACCAGAGUCAAAGUACACGCAGCCCGACGCAGCUAAUUUCAAUUCUUGGAGGCGUCACCUGAAACUGUCCGACAAAAACUCACCCGAUGAGGUUACACAUGCCUGGGAAGACGUCAAGGCCAUGUUCAAUGGCGGCAGCCGGAAGAGGACGCUGCCGUCCAGUGGGUCAGCCGGGUCCUCUCCGACCAAAAACCCGGGGCCUCGUGGCCAACCCCACAGAGAAUCUCCAGAGAUCCCGCACAAAGCCACGAGGUGCGAGGAGGAGCAGGCCGGCGUGGUUCCACCUGGCAUGCGCAGCUACCCCGUCAUCCCCGUACCCAGCAAAGGCUUUGGGAUGCUGCAGAAGAUUCCCCCGCCGCUCUUCCCCCACCCCUACGGCUUCCCUGCCUUCGGACUGUGUCAAAAGAAGGAGGAUGGGAUGGUGAUAGGGGAACCAAAUAAAGCUAACAUUUCAGGUAUGUUUUGGCCGGGGUCGAAAGACAGUGGCUACCCAUCCUUCCCCAUGUUUUGGCCCACGACAGGCGGCCUGCCCAUGCCACCUUAUUCUUCUCAGGCUCACCCCAAGCCGCCCUCGGACAUGCUGUGCCCCAGACCCAAUGAAGGCGAGAUCUCGGAAUCAACUGACCGGGGCGCAAGCACACCCAAAGAGAGCGGUUUAGACAGCGAGCGCUGCUCCAGCACACAGUCCCUGCGUAACGAGGAGGACAAGUCUGGGGAUGACAGCCGCUCGAUGGAUGGGGUCACUGACACUCCCCGGAAAAUGAGCUACAUAUCAGCUUUCAGACCUGUGGUGAAAGACACGGAGAGCAUAGCCAAGCUGUAUGGGAACAGGGGGUCCUACGCAGGGGGGAGAUCUGGCUACCUGUCACCUGAUUUCCUGAGCGAAAGUUCAAGCUACAGAUCUGUCUCUCCGGACGUGGACAGCGUGGAUGACCCGGAUGUGGACGUAGAGUCAAACAAGGUGCAGGAGGAAGACUCUUUCCCCUUGUCAACUGACGGCCACCAAAGUCCCCUGGGCUCCAUAGCUCAAGACGCGCCAGUGAGGAGCAUGGAACCAGAGGCCGAGAGAAGCAAGUCGAAUGAAGCACGGUCUAUAGAGGCUGACGCAGAGAGGAAACACCUGCCCAUAGAAACCAACUCACGUGAGGAGGAGCCAUCUUCAACUGUGGACGAGAACGAACCCAAAAGUUUCCCCCAAGAACAUGGCCCUCUGUCAGACGGCCAUCAAAGAGAGACAGAUGGAGGUGAGGAGGUCACUCGCUGUGACGAUGGCAGUACAACUGCAAUCGGCAGCAGAGCACUAGACAAUAUGGCCAAAGAGGAACUGCAGAAACAACUGGUCGAGCAGGUAGAGCUUCGGAAGAAACUGGAGCGUGAAUUCCAAACAUUAAAAGAUAAUUUCCAAGACCAGAUGAAGAGAGAGCUGUCAUACAGAGAGGAGAUGGUUCACCAGCUACAGAUAGUGCGAGAUACUCUAUGCAGCGAGUUGGACCAUGAGAGAAAGGCUCGUUAUGCUAUUCAGCAGAAGUUAAAAGAAGCUCACGACGCGUUGCACCAUUUCUCCCGUAAGAUGCUGACCCCCCCGCGGCACUGUGCUGGAACCUGCACCUCCAGGCCCCCCCUGCUGCCCCCCUGA